AUGGCGUCUGACGAAUAUCAAGCACGUGCACUUUAUGAUUUUGUAGCUGAAACUCCAGCUGAACUUAGUUUUACUGCAAAUGAGAUUCUUAUAUUAACUUCAACACCAGCUGACAAUCCAUGGUGGUUUGCUCGAAAUUCUUUUGGACAAACAGGUACAAUUCCAUCAAAUUAUGUGGAAAUAAUCUAUGAUGAACAAGAAUCAACACAACAAGUACCAACAUUUCAAGAUAUAAAUUUUAAUUAUGCUCCAAUUGAUAAUACUUAUCUUCAAUCAACAUCAGAAGUAACUUAUCAACCACAAAUUGAACAAGAACAAAUACAAAAUACGGAUCUUACUUCAAUGAAUGAUUGGACAACAGAUUCAACUUCACAGGUGUACGAAGAACCAUUUUUUAAUGAUCAACAAAUAAAUAUAGAUAGUUCUUUCAAUAUAUUAUCAUCAACAACAAAUAAUGAUAAUGCAACUCAUUUUGUACCUAUAACAUCUGUAAUAUCUGAUCCAUAUAUAACAGUUACAGAUAUUCCAGUAUCACAAGAUUCAUCAUCGUUAACAUCUCAUAGUUCUUUACAACAAAAUGUUACAAUGCCUUAUCAAUCCAAUCCAUGGUAUACUGAUCCUACAAAUACAUUUACACCAAUUUUAUCAUCAAAUUCUUCAAUACAACAUGAUUUAACACCUUCAUAUGGAUAUCUACCAACAACAAACAUAGAAAAUAAACAACAACAACAACAAAUUUCAUCAUUGGAUGAUUUGAUGUUUUCAUCACAAGUACCAAAAUCCGAUAUGAUUUAUGAUGUACCAUCACAAGUAUUUAAUUCUUAUUCAUCUGGAACGAUCAUGUCACAAACAAUGCCAAUAGACGAUAGUAAUUCGAAUAAUCCUCCUCCUUCUACAAUUAAACAAACAUCGCCAGAAUCAAAAUCUGAAGAAGUUACAGCAUCAACACCGUCCCCAACCAAUGCGAAAAACAAAUUUUUUACAUUGAGACGUCCAAAAUCAAAACAAGAAGGAGAAAAACGAUAUUCAUUACAUGACAUAUCAUUAGAAUCAUCACAACGGCAAGCAAACGAUGAAAAUAAUGCGUUGAAUUCCAGUGCUCCAGGAUCAACACUACAAAAUACAUUAUCAAAUUCAAACAAAUUACCUAGUGGAGAAGGUGAUGCUAAAGGAUCUGCUCCACGUGCAAGAUUUUUUGAUAAACAUGGUAUAGACAAUUAUUUAUUACAUGGAUGUAAAAUAAAACCAGAUGAACAUGUUCAAAUAGGUUAUGAUGAAAAAGAAGGUAGUGUUUAUUGGUUACACAAUCCUACUAUGCCACCAUUUGCAUGUAAAGUUGAAGAGCCAUCAAAAGGAACAAAACUAGCUGGAAUAAAAUCUUUUAUGGAAUAUAAAAUUCAUGCACAAAUAUCUGGAAGUCGAGUUGUUAGUCGACGUUAUAAACAAUUCGAUUGGUUACAUGAACAACUUGUUAAUAAAUUUCGUUUUAUUUGUAUUCCACCAUUACCUGGAAAACAAAUAGCUGGACGAUUUGAACAAGAAUUUGUUGAAGAACGUCGACGACAACUUGAAAUAUGGCUUAAUCGUAUUUGUCGUCAUCCAGUACUUUGUGCUUCAUUUCCUGUACAACAUUUUAUAACAUGUGAACGUACUGAGGGAAAUGAUAAAGAUUGGAAAGCAGGAAAACGACGAAGUGAAAAAGAUGAAUUACGUGAAUCAUCAUGGCUUCAUUGUGUUACAUUUACAAAUUCAAAUUUAUCAGAAGCAGAUCUUGUAUCACAUAUUGAAGCAUUUGCUCAACAACAACCAAAUCUUGAAAUACAAAUAAAAAAUCUUACUCAAGGUCUAGUAAAAUAUCUUGAAAGACAUACAGAAAUUUAUGAACGUGAUAUUCAACGUAUUGGUGAACUUUUUGCUAAAUUUCAAAAAGUUCUACAAACAGAUACAACUACAUUUGGUAAUAAAGAACUUUCAGAUUCAACGUUGAAAAUUAGUACGGCAUAUAAUUCAAUAGCUGAAUUAUACAAAACAAAAGCUAGUGAAGGUAUUCGAGAUUUUAAUGAACGUAUUCAAGAAUAUAUUGGUCUAUUGGCUUGUUUUCCAUUGAUAUUAAAUAUUCAACGAAGUGGAUCAGAAUUUAUGCGAAAUUUACAACAACGUAGUCCAUCAACAAUAUCAGAUUUUAAUAGUGUCGUAAAUCGUAAUCAAGUUCUUAAUCAUGUUGUUUUAGCUGAAAUAAAUUUUUUUCAAAAAGAAAAAGUUAAAGAUUUAAAUUUACAUAUGAAAACACUUAUGAAUGAACAAAUUCAAUUUUAUGAAAAAAUUACAUCAGAAUUACAUGAAGCAGCAGUAACAUUUAAUUAA